AUGAUGGCGGUGGAUGUGGCGUUGGAGUUCCUAGUCCCGUCUUGGUGGGAGUUGCAAGUCGCCUUGGCAGCGGCGGCGUUUCUGGUCGUGGCGUACUGGUUCUUUGCCGUGGGUGGCGGCGAUGGAUGUGGCUCCGAUGAUCGGGCGUUCUCGGAUGGCGCCGGCGCUGCGGACGCGAUUGAUGAUAAGGAUAAGAUGGGCCAGUUUAAAGGCGAUUCUCCUAAUUCUGCAUACCUCAUAAAGGUGGAGCUGUUGGCAGCAAAAAAUCUUAUUGGGGCAAACCUUAAUGGCACAUCGGAUCCUUAUGCAAUAAUCACUUGUGGUUCAGAAAAACGAUUCAGUUCCAUGGUUCCUGGUUCAAGAAAUCCCAUGUGGGGUGAGGAGUUCAACUUCUCUGUUGAUGAGCUUCCUGUGGAGGUUAUUGUCACAAUAUAUGAUUGGGAUAUAAUUUGGAAAAGUGCAGUUCUUGGUUCAGUGACGAUUCCGGUUGAACAAGAAGGUCAUACGGGUGCUAUAUGGUAUACACUGGACAGUCCAUCUGGGCAGGUCUGUCUUCAUAUAAAAACCAUUAAACUCCAGAGGAACUCUCCCAGAGGCUUGAAUAACUAUGCUGGUGCCAACACUCGAAUAAGAACUUUGGAUAAACAAGGACCUACAGUUGUUCAUCAGAAGCCUGGGCCACUACAGACAAUUUUUAAUCUUCUCCCAGAUGAGGUUGUUGAACAUAGCUAUUCUUGCGCGCUUGAGAGAUCAUUCUUGUAUCAUGGUCGAAUGUAUGUAUCAACAUGGCACAUCUGCUUCCAUUCUAAUGUUUUCUCGAAGCAGAUGAAGGUAAUUAUCCCUUUCGGAGAUAUAGAUGAGAUAAGGAAGAGUCAACAUGCAUUUAUAAAUCCAGCUAUCACAAUAAUUCUUCGGAUGGGUGCUGGGGGGCAUGGUGUGCCUCCUUUGGGAAAUCCUGAUGGUAGAGUGAGAUACAAAUUUGCAUCAUUCUGGAAUAGAAAUCAUGCUUUGAGAGGUUUACAACGUGCAGCAAAGAACUAUCACGACAGGCUAGAAGCUGAGAAGAAGGAGAAGGAACAGUCUGCAUUGCGCGCGCAUAGCAGCUCUAUUGGAGGCAGUAAAAGGCGACCCAAGAUUUCUGAGGAGAAUGUGCCCAAAACUGAAAAGUUUCAACCAUUUAUCAAAGAGGAAGUGCUUUCUGAAAUAUACAGCGAUAUUUUUCCAAGCACAGCGGAGCAAUUUUUCAAACUUUUGCUAGAUGAUGGUUCAACCUUCACAAGUGAAUAUCGUAGUGUCCGAAAGGAUACGAACCUUGUAUUGGGUCAGUGGCAUGCGGCUGAUGAAUACGACGGUCAAGUAAGAGAAAUUACAUUUAGAUCCUUGUGCAACAGUCCAAUGUGCCCCCCGGAUACAGCUGUGACUGAGUGGCAACAUGCUGUUUUAUCAGCUGAUAAGAAAACACUGGUGUUUGAGACUGUGCAACAGGCCCAUGAUGUUCCAUUUGGAUCAUAUUUUGAGAUCCACUGUAGGUGGUCAUUUGAGUCUAACUCUGAGUCCUCGUGCACCUUGAAUAUCAAAGCUGCCUUGACCAUUUCGGUUCCACACAAUCGCACGUUGCGACCGCAGCUAAGCGACAACCCACGCCAACCACAACGGACCGACACACGCACGCAACCCAAUGGGGAGAUGUCGCACGACCACCAGCGCAACAGGCCCUCGACGACGCACCAUCGACGUCCAGAAGCCGCGCACGACCGUCCGACGCGAGCACUCUCGCCGAGCUUUUAUGAUUAG